CAUCAUAUGUGAUGUCUAAACUCUAAACCAAAAAUAUCUGUCCUUUUGGGCUACUUGUACUUCAAUUUUCCGAAGUGUCCAUUAACACCAUUUCCACCAUUCUUAUCUCUUCUUCCAAUCUCCUCUCUAAUAGAAGAGAAUGGAGUCAAAGAAACAUGCACAAGACAAGUCAUCAUCUCCACUGUUCCUACCAGCUCAAAGAGACGUCCGUGGCUCACUUGAAGUAUUCAACCCAUCAACCAACGACACCACUGCACCAUUCCGACCACAGCCCACCUGGCGGAGCUGGGCGGAGUCGCCGCCACAGAACAACCCAGAAACGCCACCGUCGGAGGCAGUCAAUGUUAAUGUUGCUAGCCUUUCGACCUCUCAAUCCGGCAGACUUCCAGCUGAUGAGAUCAAGUCAUGGAUGGCCCUGAAAGAUCCUAACCCGUAUGAAGUUCCGCCGGUGACGUUGGCGCCUAAGUCACCGGCCUUUGCUCAAAGUUCCAAGGUGGCUGUGAUGGCACCACAGUCGCCGGGUGGAAUAGUGGGUGCUGCUGAACAAAGAGCGGCGGAGUGGGGUUUGGUUCUGCAAACAGACACCGAGACUGGUAAGCCACAGGGGGUUAAAGUAAGAACCUCCGGCGAGGAUCCGAAUGCUAAACCCGGUUCAAAUAGGAGGGAUUCGGGUAAUUCCCUUCAGAGUUCCAGUGAUAUAUCAGAUGAUGAGGGAUUGGGAAAAGAGAGAGGUUUUCCGAGAGUAUCAGAGGAUUUGAAGGAUGCAUUAUCGACAUUUCAGCAGACAUUUGUGGUUUCAGAUGCCACAAAACCAGACUAUCCAAUUUUAUAUGCAAGUGCUGGUUUCUUUAAGAUGACUGGUUACACUUCCAAAGAAGUAAUCGGCAGAAAUUGCCGGUUUCUACAGGGUGCAGACACCGACCCGGAAGAUGUGGCUAAAAUUAGGGAAGCGUUGCAAAAGGGCACGACCUUCUGCGGUAGGCUCCUCAACUACAAGAAGGAUGGCUCAACCUUUUGGAACCUUCUCACUGUUUCCCCUAUCAAAGAUGAAGCUGGCAACAUCCUCAAAUUCAUUGGAAUGCAAGUGGAGGUGAGCAAGCAUACAGAAGGGACGAAAGAGAAGACGCUCCGGCCAAAUGGGUUGCCUGAAUCUUUGAUUCGAUAUGAUGCCAGACAAAAAGAGAUGGCAUCGAGUUCAGUGACCGAGUUGGUGGAGGCAGUGAAAAGACCUAGAUCACUCAGUGAGUCAACCAAUCGUCAUCCAUUCAUGACGGAAUUAGGAAAGAAGGAGAAACAAGACAAAGCCGAUGCGUCGGGUUUAGGCCGGCGUAAAUCAGCAGAGACUAUGUAUGCUCAGCCACCACCUCCUCCACGAAGAAAUUCACACGCCGGCGUUAGAACCAUCAAAACCAUGCAGCCAAUCGACGAGCUUCCGGAAAAGAAGCAGAAAAAACCAAGACGUCUUUCAUUCAUGGGAAUCAAGAAGAAAAAUCGUAAAAGUAGUGAAGAAUACGAUGAUGGAUUCGAGGGAGACAUCAACAUUCAGGAUACCGAUGGUGAGGUUGACGAUGAAGAUGAUGGGUUUGAGCUUAAGAAGUCUGAUUCGAGGCCAGAAAGCUUGGACGACAAAGUUAGAAAGAAAGAAAUGAGAAAGGGUAUUGAUCUCGCAACAACCCUUGAACGUAUUGAGAAAAACUUUGUCAUCACUGAUCCUCGACUUCCCGAUAAUCCCAUCAUUUUUGCGUCGGAUAGUUUCUUAGAGCUAACAGAGUAUAGUCGAGAAGAGAUUCUGGGAAGAAAUUGCAGGUUUCUUCAAGGGCCUGAAACUGAUCCAACAACCGUCAAGAAAAUCCGAGACGCCAUUGAUAACCAAAGAGAAGUUACUGUACAACUCAUCAAUUAUACAAAAAGCGGCAAAAAAUUCUGGAAUCUGUUUCAUCUGCAGCCUAUGCGUGAUCAAAAGGGAGAAGUGCAAUACUUUAUUGGAGUGCAAUUAGAUGGAAGUCAACAUGUUGAGCCACUUCACAACUGUAUCCCUGAAGCUACUGCUAAAGAUGGCGCUGUUGUGGUGAAAGAGACUGCAGCAAACGUAGAUGAAGCAGUCCGAGAACUUCCAGAUGCUAACAUGACCCCAGAUGAUUUAUGGGCAAAACAUUCGAAUGAAGUUCGCCCCAAGCCUCAUAGAAGGGAUAGCUCAGCAUGGAAUGCUAUUUUAAAGGUUAUUGAGAGUGGAGAAAAGUUAGGAUUGAAGCAUUUUAAGCCCAUAAAGCCUCUAGGAUCAGGUGAUACAGGAAGUGUUCAUUUGGUUGAGUUAUGUGGAACUGGAGAGUUCUUUGCGAUGAAAGCAAUGGAUAAAAGUGUAAUGCUCAAUCGUAACAAGGUGCAUAGAGCAUGUGCAGAAAGGGAGAUCUUGGAUAUCUUAGACCAUCCUUUUCUUCCAGCAUUAUAUGCUUCAUUUCAGACACCAUCUCAUGUUUGUUUGAUCACCGAUUACUGUUCUGGAGGAGAACUUUUUAUGCUUUUAGACAGACAACCAAUGAAGGUCUUGAAGGAAGAGGCUGUAAGAUUCUAUGCUGCGGAGGUGCUCGUGGCCUUAGAGUAUCUUCAUUGUCAAGGUAUUAUAUACAGAGAUUUGAAGCCAGAAAAUGUAUUGAUACAAAGCAAUGGACAUGUAGCCUUGACUGAUUUUGAUCUUUCUUGCUUGACAUCUUGCAAGCCUCAGCUUUUGAUUCCUGAAGUAAAUGAAAAGAAGAAGAAGAGGCAUCAUAAAGGUCAACAGACUCCAAUUUUCAUGGCUGAACCAGUGAGGGCAUCGAAUUCUUUUGUGGGAACAGAAGAAUAUAUUGCUCCGGAAAUUAUAAGUGGAGCUGGACAUUCUAGUGCAGUGGAUUGGUGGGCUCUUGGUAUUCUUUUAUAUGAAAUGUUUUAUGGGUACACGCCAUUUAGAGGAAAGACAAGGCAAAGAACAUUCGCUAAUGUUCUUCAUAAAGAUCUCAAGUUUCCUGGUAGUAUACCGGUAAGCCUUCAAGCCAAACAGUUGAUUUAUAGAUUAUUGCAUAGAGAUCCAAAGAAUCGAUUGGGUUCACAUGAAGGUGCAAGCGAAGUGAAACGACACCCUUUCUUUCGGGGUAUCAACUGGGCUUUAGUUCGUUGCCAGAGUCCUCCGAAGUUGGAGACUCCUGUGUUUGGAGCAGAUGAAGAUGAUAAGGUCAAGGAGGCUGACCCUGGACUCAAAGAUUUGGAGAAUAAUGUUUUUUGAAAGUUUUAUGUGUAUGUGUUUUUGUGUGUUUUUUGCUUAAAUUUAUUUCUGAAGUUGUAUAAAGAAUGGUUUUAUUUGUGAAUUUUAUUUUCUUGAUUUUAUUUGUGUUUUAAAGAACUUAUAAAGGAAAUAAAAAAUCAAUAUGAUUUGUGUGAUUAGAUUUUUAUACACAUUUGGUC